AUGACCACCUCAGCCACAUCAUCACCAUCAACAACAACCACCACAACCACCAUGCUCUCCCUCCCCUCUCCCCCAUCAUCCUCCUCCUCCUCCUCUUCAAACCCAACCCGCCCCAGCUUCAACUCCCACCGAACCCAAGACCGCCUCCGCGAAGGCGAAACCCCCUACGUCCUCUUCCGCACAGAAACAAGCAACCUCCAGCGCGGCCGCAAAUCCGUCUUCAAAGAGACCGGCCUCCUCGACGACAUCGCCAUCACCCCCGACGUCAACCUCAACAACAUCGUCGCCACCAGCGCCGUUGCCAUCAAUGUAAGCGACGAAGACGACAGCAGCGCCAGCGGCGUAUCCCUCCUCCAGUCACCAAUGACGCCGCCCACGUCUUUGACAGAGUCAGAUUCACAGGCAAACCAGCCUCUGCAGGAUAUGUCCGUACAGGCUAGGAGUACACUGGAAGAAUCAUCAUGCUCGUGGGAGCAAGGAUCGAAUGAUCGGCAUACCAGCUACAUGACAUCAUCGCUUAAAAGACUCGAGUGUGCGAAACACUCCGCAUCUGUACAGUACUACAACACGCAGCUGGAUAGGACCCAAAUACAGGAUAUUUGA